AUGGCGGCACAAGAAGUGGCGAGCACCGAGAGACUACGCCAGAAGAAGCGGCGAGCACCGAAAGAUGGCGGCAGCGAUGGUGGCGGCAGAAGAAGCGGCGAGCACCGAGAGACGGCGGCAGCGGCAGCAGCAGCAGAUGAAGCGGCGAGCACCGAGACACGGUGGCAGUGGCGGUGGCGGCAGAAGAAGCGGCGACCUCCGAGAGACGGCGACAGCGGCGGCGGCAGCAGAAGAAGCGGAGAGCACCGAGAGACGGCGGCAGAAGAAGCGAAGAAGCGGCGAGCACCGGGAGACGGCGGCAGUGGCGGCGGUUGCAGUAGAAGCGGCGAGCAACGAGCGCGGCGGCAGCGGCGGCGGCGACUGAAGAAGUGGCGAUCACCGAGACACAGCGGCAGCGGCGGUGGCAGAAGAAGCGGCGAGCACCGAGAGACAGCGGAAGCGGUGGCGGCAGCACAAGAAUCGGCGAGCACCGAGAGACGGCGCAAGCGGCGGCGGCGGCAGAGCAAAGGCGACCACCGAGAGACGGCGGCAGCGGCGGUGGCAGAAGAAGCGAUGAGCACCGAGAGACGGUGGCAGCGGCGGUGGCAGAAGAAGCGGCGCACACCGAGAGACGGCAGCAGCGGCGGCGGCGGCAGAAGAAGCGGCGACCUCCGAGAGACGGCGGCAGCGGCGGCGGCAGCAGAAGAAGCGGAGAGCACCGAGAGACGGCGGCAGAAGAAGCGAAGAAGCGGCGAUCACCGAGAGAAGGCGGCAGCGGUGGCGGCGGCACAAGAUGAGGCGAGCACCGAGAGACGGCGGCACAAGAAGCGGCGAGCACCGAAAGACGGCGGCAGCGGUGGCGGCGGCAGAAGAAGCGCCGAGCACCGAGAGAUGGCGGCAGUGGCGGCGGCAGCAGGUGAAGCGGCGAGCACAGAGAGACGGAGGCAGCGGCGGCGGUGGCAGAAGAAGUGUCGAGCACCGAGAGAAGGUGGCAGUGGCGGUGGCAGAAGAACCGGCGAGCACCGAAAGACGGCGGCAGCGGCGUCGGCGGCAGAAGAAGCGGCAAGCACCGGGAGACGGCGGCAGUGGCGGCAGUUGCAGAAGAAGCGGCGAGCACCGAGAGACGGUGGCAGCGGCGGCAGCGGCGGCGGCGACUGA